UGGACUAACUCUAGCCAGAGCUCGAAUCCAAAAAAAAUCCUCCGGCUGGCCACGUGCUUCCAACAUCGCACCCCCACCACUCUCCGGCCCCUGCUCCACCUCGGACUCCGAUUCCGGUGCCACCGUGAAAUCUCUCGUUGACGGAUCCUCGUAUCUGGAUCCUAUCUUCAGAAUCACAAUGGAAGAAAUCUCUCUCAGCAGUGAGCAAGUGCCCAGUGGUGAAGGCAAUGAAACUGAGAAAGAAAGAGAUGGUGAGAAAACAGAAUUAGUUGUUCAAAAUGGUUUGACUCAAGGAAGGAAAGAAUUUGUUGCACCUGCUGUGGGUAUGGAAUUUGAAUCAUAUGAUGAUGCUUACAACUAUUAUAAUUGCUAUGCCAAGGAGGUGGGUUUUCGUGUUAGAGUGAAAAAUUCAUGGUUCAAGAGAAAUAGUAGAGAAAAAUAUGGUGCAGUGCUUUGUUGCAGUAGCCAGGGUUUCAAAAGAAUUAAAGAUGUCAAUCGCUUACGGAAGGAAACAAGAACUGGUUGUCCUGCAAUGAUAAGGAUGAGGUUAGUUGACUCCAAAAGGUGGAGAGUUCUCGAAGUUACCCUUGAGCACAACCACUUAUUAGGUGCAAAAAUUUACAAGUCAAUGAAGAAGAUGAGCAGUGGAACCAAAAGGAAGUUGCAGUCAAAUUCGGAUGCAGAAGUGCGGACAAUCAAGUUGUACCGAGCCCUUGUGAUUGAUGCAGGAGGUAAUUCCAGCUUAAAUUCAAAUGUGAAAGAAGUCAGAAAUUUUUCUGAUCAUCCCAAUCAGUUGAACCUUAAAAAAGGUGAUACACAAGCCAUUUAUAAUUAUCUCUGCCGUAUGCAGUUGACGAAUCCAAACUUCUUUUACUUGAUGGAUCUAAAUGAUGAGGGGUGUUUGAGGAAUGUGUUCUGGAUUGAUGCUAGGUCUCGUGCUGCAUGUGGUUACUUUAGUGAUGUGAUUUUUUUUGACAACACAUAUUUGUCAAACAAAUAUGAGAUCCCACUUGUGGCCCUUGUUGGAGUAAAUCACCAUGGCCAGUCUGUGUUGCUGGGAUGUGGUCUACUUGCGGGUGAGACGUCAGAAUCUUAUGUUUGGCUGUUCAAAGCAUGGGUUACAUGUAUGUCUGGAAGGACUCCACAGACUAUUAUUACAGACAGAUGCAAGGCUUUGCAGAAUGCAAUUGCAGAGGUGUUUCCAAGAUCGCAUCAUCGUUUUGGUUUGUCACAUAUCAUGAAAAAGGUUCCAGAGAAGUUGGGUGGACUGCGUAACUAUGAUGCAAUUAGAAAAGCACUAAUUAAAGCAGUUUAUGAAAGUUUAAAAGUGAUUGAAUUUGAAUCAGCAUGGGGAUUUUUGAUUCAGCGCUUUGCAGUUAGUGAUCAUGAGUGGCUUCGGUCUUUGUUUGAAGAUCGAGCUAGAUGGGCUCCAGUUUAUUUAAAAGACACGCAUUUUGCUGGAAUGUCUUCUUCACAGCCAGGUGAGACCCUGAAUCCCUUUUUUGAUAGAUAUGUGCACAAACAGACUCCUUUGAAAGAAUUUCUUGAUAAAUAUGAAUUAGCCCUGCAAAAGAAGCACAAGGAAGAAGCACUGGCUGAUAUUGAGUCGAGAAACUCAGGCCCCACCUUGAAAACUCGAUGCUUUUUUGAGUUGCAACUCUCUAAGGUGUACACAAGAGAAAUAUUUAAAAAGUUCCAAUUCGAGGUGGAGGAGAUGUAUUCUUGUUUUAGUACAACGCAGCUGCAUGUUGAUGGACCGAUAAUAAUAUUUCUGGUCAAGGAGCGCGUUCUAGGUGAGGGGAAUAGGAGGGAGAUCAGGGAUUUUGAAGUUCUGUACAAUAGAGCAGCAGCAGAAGUUCGUUGCAUUUGCAGUUGCUUUAAUUUUUAUGGGUAUUUGUGUCGGCAUGCAUUGUGUGUACUUAAUUUCAAUGGGGUGGAGGAGAUACCUUCCAAGUACAUUUUGUCACGAUGGAAAAAGGAUUACAAGCGCUUAUAUAUUCCUGAUCAUGUUUCCAAUAAUGUUGAUGGCACUGACCGAGUGCAAUGGUUUAAUCAGUUAUAUAGAAGUGCCUUGCAAGUUGUGGAGGAAGGGGCAAUUUCGCUAGACCAUUACAAGAUUGCAUUGCAAGCAUUUGAUGAAUCGUUGAAUAGAGUUCACAAUGUCGAAGAAAAGCCUGAACAACUUAAAAUAUGAAGGUUGAAUGUGAAGACAAGAACUUGACUUGGGUUGAACAAACAUCCACUUUCUUCCGAGGAAUUGGUAUUUCCCAUAUUCUUGAGAAUUACAUAGGACAAAUUAUUUUUUGAUGGUGUUUCAGUGCUAUGUUAUGGAAAUCUGGAAGCAUAUGAAUACCUAAAAGAGACUCUACGAGGUGGAUAUGUUUAAAGUUUUGGUGCCUUUACACGGAAAGAUGAAGGAUUAGGAAGAGCUAAAAAAUAAAAAGAGGUCGGCAUCUUUUGGAUUUCUGGGGCAUCUAACACAUGAUAUCUUCAAGUUGUGUGUGUGGUGCAUUUUUAUUGGAAUCUCUGCACUCUUUGCUUGAAUUUCACGAGUUGGAAACUCCACAUGUAUAUGAUUUUGGUUUGGGUUUUGAUUCAGAAAGUUGAAGCUAUCAAAGUCAUCACCUUUGCCUCUCUUUUUGCCUAACUCCAUUACUUGUGUUAUUUUUCUGGUAAAGUUAUCGUACCAGUACCGGACCUUCCGAUGAGACAUGAAGUGGCUUUUGGGUCUAUGUUCAAUCGUUUAUCGGCCAACAGAAAUGAAUCAACUGUUCUAGGAAGUAUGAGUCAGAUGCUAUAUUUUUUAAAUGCAUGUAUCUGGAAAUGAGAUGGAGGUUCUCUAAACAUUUUCCUUUCUGCAGUUGGAAAGGAAGUGCUUGCUCUCUGCCCAGAGAAACUUCAGAUUUAUUCCUCUCCAACCCAGAAGCUAUAUCGAAGUGAUGUACUGGCAAAAACCAGGAGGAAGGCAGGCCAUUUCUUCUCAGUAAUGGCUGAGGGCCAAGGGCCGAGAGAAUGAGGUUGAGGUUGGAGAUAGCAAGGUAAUUAUGCAGGUUUUGUGCAGUUAGAUUGUGUUUGAUGAUAAGAUUAAGAUUAGAGGUGGCAGUGUAAUUAUGUAACUCUUCCUUCUCCAUCAUUCAUUCAUUUUGUUAUACUCUCUGCACAAUGGUACAUUUUAAUAAACUGUGAGUUCUUGGUGAGUAUCUAGAACCAGGAGAAUGAUGUGUUUGCCCA